AUGUGUUUUAUCUGGGCAGAGUUUGAUGAUGAUGAUGAUGGUGAAGAUGAUGGUGAUGAUUUCACUGGAGCUUUUGAUGGUUAUUGCCUCAAAGGUGAGAUCCAUAAAGCUUUGCACUUUCACGACAAGGUGGUAGCGCAGGGGUUCCAGUUGAACCAAGUUAGUUAUGGGACCUUAAUCAACGGGUUAUGUAAAGUUGGAGAAACAAGAUCAGCCCUACAAUUGCUGAGACGAAUUGAUGGGAAACUGUUACAACCUAAUGUGGUAAUGUACAGUGCCAUUAUUGAAAGGUUCUGCGACAAGGGCUUGUUUGAUGAAGCAUUGGCCUUGCUAUCAAAAAUGAAAGAUAAUAGUUGCAUUCCAAAUGCUGCAACUUAUGAAAUAAUUAUCUGUUCCCUUAUUGAUGGUUUAGGCAAAUUUGGGAGAAUCUCACAUGCUUUGAAGCUCGUCGUUGAGAUGCAUGAUAGAGGAGGUCUACAACCUAAUAUAUUUACUUACAAUUCUAUAUUAGAUGCUUUAUGUAAAAACCAUCAUGUUGAAAAGGCAAUUGCAUUAUUAAAAAAAGUUAAGGACGAGGGUAUUCAACCAGAGAUGAACACAUAUACUAUUCUUAUUCACGGGUUGUGGUUCUGCGACAAGGGCUUAUUUGAUGAAGUGUUGGCCUUGCUAUCAAAAAUGAAAGAUAAUAGUUGCAUUCCAAAUGCUGCAACUUAUGAAAUAAUUAUCCGUUCUCUGUUUAAUAAAGGUGAAAAUGAUAAGGCACAUAAACUUCUACAUUAA